UUAGUUAGAAAGAGAUAACACAGCAAAUUAAAAGUGUUACCUGUAGACAUUUUUCUUCAUUUUCCUAAAUAUAUAAUAAUGAAAGUGGGUAACAAGAUAUAUAUUUUUUUCUUUCUUUAACUAAUUUCAGAGAAAUUUGGAGAUGGCGAUGAAUGUGUUUGGCACUCCAGUCACAAAUGCAACUCUAGAAGCCAUGCCAGAAUAUGAAGGAAAAGAAAUAACACGUAUGGAUAGGGCACAUGUGGCACUUAAUAAGAUGCAUACUGAAGAUAAAGAUAAAAAUGCUCGAGAAUACGUACAUAAUUUGAAAGAAGAAUGGGGAACUGGAGUCUCUACUCUUUGCUUACUUUACAAUGCUACUGGUGAUACGAUAACAUUUGUCCUUGAACACAAUUGGCAUGGUCAUGUUGGACCUGCUCCUUACCCAAUUCAGAUUGCAAAUGGUCAAUGGGGUGCUUUCCUUCAUGUCAAAACUUCUGGAGCUGCUACCGGCUCUUCUGCUGCUAUUGUAUAUCGUGGUAAAAAUAAUAAUGAUGUCGGUUGUGAUUGGAUGGCAGCUUGGUCCAAUCCAUGGAACCCAGCAUCUUCGAGCAAUACGGCAUAUACUGAGAUUCGUGACGAAGGACAUUAUGAGAAGGAAGACAAUUGGAACUACAUCUCUGACUUACUAUACGAUUCGGGUAUCACUAAAACAGACAUUUGGAAUGGAUGCAAAUCGAGUGUGAUCACAGGAAAUGGCACUAGUCCUGAGUAUGAGGCAACAUUCACCCUAGAUGGGGCUGAGACUAAGCUCCUCGAUGCUUGAUACGCGACUUUUUAAUAAUUGCUCUAAGCAAUAUAUAACUUAUGUACUACUAAAUCCAAGUAUCUUUAAAUAACAGCUUCUAUCUUGAAAGUUUGUGGAGUUCAA